AGAAGGUAGCGCACAGGGGAGACUCAUAGCCUACCCCCUCAUUUGAAUACUGGAAGAAAAUAUAACAUUGUCGGACCUUUAGACAUAAGAAGACAACGAGGCGGAAAAACCCAGGCGAUUAUAUUUUAGCCAGCACGGCGGGGAAACAAUGAAGGAUCGUACACAAGAACUACGAAGUGCUAAGGACAGCGAUGAUGAUGAAGAAGUUGUCCAGGUUGACCGGGAUCAUUUCAUGGAUGAGUUCUUUGAACAGGUGGAAGAGAUCCGAGUCUGUAUAGAUAAGCUGUCAGAAGAUGUGGAGCAGGUCAAGAAGCAGCAUAGCGCCAUCCUGGCAGCGCCCAACCCUGACGAAAAGACCAAGCAGGAGUUGGAGGACCUCACAGCUGACAUCAAGAAGACAGCCAAUAAAGUUCGCUCAAAAUUAAAAGCAAUCGAGCAGAGCAUUGAGCAGGAGGAGGGGCUGAACAGAUCAUCCGCAGACCUGCGAAUUCGUAAGACACAGCACUCGACGCUGUCACGCAAGUUUGUAGAGGUGAUGACCGAGUACAACACCACGCAGUCCAAAUACAGGGACCGCUGCAAGGACCGUAUCCAGAGACAGCUGGAGAUCACUGGGAGAACAACCACCAACGAGGAGCUGGAGGAUAUGCUGGAGAGUGGCAAGCUUGCCAUUUUCACCGAUGAUAUCAAGAUGGACUCUCAGAUAGACAAGCAGGCCCUGAAUGAGAUUGAGACUCGACACACCGAGAUCAUCAAGCUGGAGAACAGCAUUCGUGAGCUGCACGACAUGUUUGUGGACAUGGCCAUGCUGGUCGAGAGCCAGGGAGAGAUGAUUGACAGAAUUGAGUACAACGUGGAGCACUCCGUGGACUUUGUGGAGCGGGCGGUGUCUGACACCAAGAAGGCUGUCAAAUACCAGAGCCAGGCUCGCAAGAAGAAGCUCAUGAUCAUCGUCUGCUGUACUAUUCUGGGAGUUGUCUUGGCGUCCACUAUCGGCGGAUACCUGGGCUUUUAAUGACGACAACGACAAAAGACGGCCACAAGAGAAAAAAAAACACACAGAGAGAAAAAUAUCAUAUACAAUAUCAGAUAAGGAAAACGUUCUAAAAGUGGUUGGGUGGGGUUG